AAGGAGUCUUUCUCUGGAUGGAAACAGACUCCAGCUGCUGCUCACACUGAGAUCUUUGUCAGACAGUUUCCUGCUGAAGAUGGAGAAGCUACUGGUUCUGUGUGUCGCUCUGAGCGCCGCCUCAGUUUCCGCACAAACGACUGUUGUUUCCGUAACCACCACACCGUCGGCAACCAGUAGGUCAGAUGUUUCACUACAACCUGUAUCCACGACAACCAUCAUCACAGCCACCAGGAGUGAAACCAGCAGCUCUACCUUUGACCAGUCAGCUUCCUCUCAACCUCCCAGUAACACCGGCAACCCAUUAGCUGCUCCCAGUAACACCACAGCCACUCCCAGUAACACCAGUACCAUUACAGCCACUACCAGUACCAUCAAACCUACUCCCAGUAACACCAAUACCCCUACAGCUGCUUCCAGUACCAUCACAGUUACUACCAGUAACACCAGCACCAUCAAAGCUACUCCCAGUAACGCCAGUAUCAUCACAACUACUCCCAGUAACACCAGUACCCCUUCAGCUGCUUCCAGUACCAUCACAGUUACUACCAGUAACACCAGUACCAUCACAGUUACUACCAGUAACGCCAGUAUCAUCUCAACUACUCCCAGUAACACCAGUACCCCUUCAGCUGCUUCCAAUACCAUCACAGUUACUCCCAGUAACACCAGUAUGCCUUCAGCUGCUUCCAGUAACACCAGUACCACCGGAGCAACACCGUCUCCACCACACUCUGGGAUCCCCGUCAACAACAACACCACCAUCAACAGCAUGACGACCUCCUCCGCUGCCACGGCAACAAGCAGCGUUGCCGCCGUGUCGCCUAGCAACGGUGGGGGUGUUCCUGGGUGGGGCAUCGCUCUGCUGGUUCUGGCUGCUGUGUUGCUGCUGCUGGUGCUGCUGAUGCUCAUCGCUCUGCUGCUUUGGUACUGCUGUAGGGGGCGCUACAGCCCCUACGACUACAACACCCACAGAGACGACGUCCCUCUCUACACCACCCACAGUCGCUUUGAGUCCAACGGCAGGCCAUACGAACAAAUGGACAAACCAUCGAAGAACCGAACAGGAACGUACACCGUCAACAAAUAACCAGAGAGGAGCAGCUCGUCAGAGGCUUUUUCUGUUUUAACUUUAAAUUCUGAGUCAGAAUUUUGUUGAUGAACAUUUGACAUUAUUACUGUUUAUACCAUGAACUUUUAUUUAUUGUCUGUAAAGAACUGACGAGCUUUGGGUUUUCAAAAAAACCUGAAUCCAGUUUAUUAUCAGCUUAUUAUACUUAAUCAUUAUUAUAACUGAAAACACAAUUAAAACAUAAUUAUUGUGAUUGCUAUAUUUUUAGUAAAUCUUAUAAAAUACAUCGGGAAUCAUAAUAUAUAUUUUGCUGUGAUCACCUUUGUAUUAUUUUCAUUUAUUUGUUAUUUUAUUGUCACUAGUUUUUUUUUUUUUAAAUCCUGUAAUUAUAAGUAACUACUACAAUUUUCAGAUAUAUAAAUUAAAAAAAUCCACAUUGA